GUUUUUUGCUCUGACAUCUCUCCGUUUGCUGUUCCUGGUUGCGUUUACCCUCUUAGUAGUAGUUUGUCUAGAUAAAUGGAAGUACAAAAUCUGGCCUGAAAUUGGAGUGGCAAGACCUGACGAAUUAGACAAUGAGAGCUGGGGAUAUGUCCACCCGCGGCUGCUCAGCGUGCCAGAGCUCUGUCACCAUUUGGCUGAAGGAUGGGUGGCUGUGACCAACUUCUUAAGUAACCUGUUCAUUUUCAAGAGGCAAAAUCCCGGCAAGUUUUGCCUUCUAGUGUGUGGAGUCUUUACUUUCCUGGCUGUCCUGGGCCGGUAUAUCCCUGGACUCUUGCUCUCAUACUUGCUGUUGCUCUUCAUCCUGCUGUGGCCCCUCGCUGUGUACCACAGGCUGGGGCAGCGCAUGUACAUGAAGCUGGAGCCAGCUCUGCAGCGGCUGGAUUUCAGCGUUCGAGGCUACAUGAUAUCAAAGCAGCGGGAGAAGCAAUUGCGUCGCCGGUCCCUUAAUCAGGAGGCUGCAGAGGACGGGAGUGACAGCGAAGAGGAGCUUGCUGCAUUCUGUCCCAAGCUGGAUGACUCUGUAGUUGCCAAGGAACUAACCAUCUCUGACUCGGAGCACUCAGAUGCUGAGGUUUCCUACACUGAAAACGGGAUAUUUAACCUUUCGAGGGGCCAGACUCCUCUGACAGAGGGAUCUGAAGACCUGGAUGGUCACAGCGACCCAGAAGAAUCUUUUGCCAGGGAUCUCCCCGACUUCCCUUCCAUAAACCCAGAAGCAACUGGCAUCGAUGAUGAAGACGACACCAGCAUUGGGAUCCCCAGCCUGGCUUACCGCUCGCAGGCGACAGAGGAUCUGCAUCUCCCUUACGACCAGGAGGAACCCGGCGCGCUGCCGUCUGUGCAGAACCUGACGAACAACAUCGCUGGGUUUGUCACCAGGGGGAUGAUCCAGCUUGCGCUGUCAGGAGCCACUCAGCCAGGCUCCUUGCGUGGUGACAAUCCCCAGAGGGGCACAAAGACUUACCUGAGGGCGGCCAGCUCAGACUUGGACACUGACGCGGAAGGGGAUGACUUUGAACUGCUGGAUCAGUCCGAGCUGAACCAGCUGGAUCCCGCGGGCUCACGGGGCCAGUAAGCGAUCCCAGCGCUUCCCUCUGGUUUUCUGUUGCGCCUCGUGGAGGGGACCCUGGAAGGAGAAACCUUGCACAGAUAAUCUCGAUCGUCUCCUGUGUGAGUAUGAGUGACGUGAUGGCCAGUCCUGGCUGGGAACACCACUGUGACCUGUGACUUUGUAGCCUCGCUUGGAUUUUAAAAUAAACUACACUGGUAAUUCA